CAGUCGAAGGUAUUCAAUGGACAUGUUUGCCACGUCUCAAGGAGAACCGCUGUUACGGAAAAACACCAGUGCCGCCAUAAUCGAGAACGAUAAUAUUCGCGCGAAUGCCAUACAAAUUGAACGCUACGAACAGAUGCAGCUGAAAAGAAAGUGUAGAACGAAAGCCUUGCUAAUACUCUUGACCUGUCUGUGUGUUACGGGAUUUCUAACAUGGCUGUAUAUCGAUCAUACGGUACCGGAAUUUAAUCAAUAUCGUUUGGUGAAAAGUUUUGAAGAGACGUCGCUGAGUAACAACAGUGGCGAUAGUGAUCGACCACGCAUAAUCCUCCUGUGGAACAGUUUCUUUGGUGAUGAACGUUGGUCUUUGCCCGAUGAUUUAAUUGAUCCGGCCUAUUUUCACAACAAGCUACAAUGUCCUGUCUCAAAUUGUAUUCUCACGAAUAAACGAGAUCUUUUUCCUCAAAUAGAAAUGUACGAUGCCAUAUUGUUUCAUACGGCGCAACCAUUUCCUGUGAUAAAUUCGGUGCCUUCAAAACGCAGCUCGCGUCAGCUGUAUAUCUUCGCUUUAAUGGAACCGCCGGGUGAAACGAAACAUAUUCUCUCCGACGAGAAGGAUUUUUAUAAUUUAACUAUGACUUAUCGCACGGAUUCGGAUAUUAUAUGGGCCUAUAAUUGGUUUGUUGAUAAAGAGUCGGGUAUGCGCAUUCUACCCACGGAGUAUCCAAAAUGGCGUCCUGUUCCGAAUAUCUAUAAUGAUACGGCAAUAUGGGAGCUGUGGCCAAAUAAAACAAAAAUGGCUGCCUGGUUUGUGUCUCACUGUGAGACGUUAUCGCGGCGUGAGGAGUUAACGGCAGAAUUGCAGAAAUACAUUGAUGUUGAUAUCUAUGGAAAAUGUGGACCGAUGAGCUGCAAAAAUGGUUCCCCUGAAUGUGAUCGCCUGCUCGAUGAAGAAUAUAAAUUUUAUUUUUCUUUUGAAAACUCACUAUGCACUGAUUAUAUAACAGAAAAACUCUAUAAAAUAAUGAACCGCAAUAUAAUACCCGUGGUAUACGGUGGUGCUAAUUAUAAUCAAUUUUUACCUCCACAUUCCUAUAUAAAUGUAGAAGACUUCUCAACCGCUGCCGAAUUGGCUGAUUAUUUGCAGUAUUUAGCGGCAAAUUCUAUCGAAUAUAUGCGUUACUUUUGGUGGCGUCAACACUAUGAGCUACGUUUCUAUGCGCCGUUCUGUGAACUAUGCCAGAGGUUGCAUCAACCUCAAUACUAUUUGAAGACACAAAGUUAUAGCGACAUUGAAAAGUGGUGGCUAAAAGGAAGUUGUCGCUUUAAGUCACGUAUUAAAUUUUAA